AUGCCUCAAGGCAGUUCGGCUGCCGCUGGGUGGUUUUGUAAAGUUGUCAACGAAGUCAUCAAAAAUCUCCACGGUGUUGCAUCGUACUUGGAUGAUUUGAUCGUCUUUGAUGACACCCCUGCUACUCAUGUUGGUACCAUGCGCGCACUCUUUGAACGCUUGCGUACGUACAACUUGAAACUCACGCCUCCGAAAGCUACUAUUGGCGCUACCAAAGCAGACUUCCUCGGACACACCAUCUCCCCUGACGGCGUUAGGCCUAACGGUACCAAGGUUUCGGCCCCCACCAAAAUUCCUAUGCCCAGGGAUGUCAACCAACUGCGUUCCCUUCUCGGUGGUCUCAGCUACUACCGUAAGUUCCUCCCCAACAUGGCUAAACGCAUUCGACCUCUGACUACGCUACUCAAGAAGCAGGAGAAGUUUAUCUUCGCCCCUUCCAUGGAGCAAGCCGUUCGCGUUUUGUUAGCUGAGUUGGCCAAUCCCCCUGUUUUGGUUUAUCCAGAUUGGGAUGCUGUUUCAGACGGCUCGCGACCUUUUCAUCUUUACUGUGAUGCUAGUCGCGAUGGGUUUGGUGGGACUCUCGAACAAGAACAGCCAGAUGGUUCCAUUCGCCCAAUUGUCUUCAUCAGUCGGGCUACUUUGGACUCAGAAGGCCACUGGACUCCCCUCGAUCUCGAAGCGGGUAGCAUCGUGUGGUGUAUCAAGCGCCUUCGCGGCUUCUUGUGGGGUACAAAAUUUCGCAUGUUUACCGACCACAAAUCUCUCGAGCAUUUUGCUAAGGUGGGGGAGAACAAUGCCCGCGUUCAGCGCUGGCUGGUCUCGUCUUCAUCGGGCAUUUGGAACGUCGCUUCCUUGUCGCCCAAGAUCGCUCCCUUGCCAUCCGAGAUGUUCUGCCGUUCGGUGCGGUCGCGAUUGCGCAAUCGACCUCCCAUGGUUUGGUCCGGUUCCCUACCUCAGUCGUUCGAUGAUGUUUUGGCUCUCGAGCCCGAGCCUCCGACUGCCGUUCCCGCUCUUGGAAACCCGCGUCGGAUCCUCGACCCCACCCAAGUGAUCUCCACCAGGACUCGCCGUCGCAAGGCAGCUGUGGCUGGCACGCCACUGCCGCCUGUUGAUUAUGUUUUUUCUGACGAUGAGCCUUCUUUGUCUCCCACGCGGAUUUCCGCUCCCUCUCGACCGUUUCGGCGGUCUCCGACGGCGACGAAGGCGCCGUCGAUGACACCAGCCUUGCCCACUUUGGUUUCGACUACUGGUGCUGGUGGUUUAUUCUCGACUCCCUCCGCGCCUCUGGCUCAUGGAGUGGAGCCUGCGUCUCCGACGCCUGCCACGACUGCGGGUGUUCCUGCUUUGUAG